AUGUCCAUCUUCGAAGACAAGUCCAAGGACGUGAUCGGCUCCGACACCAAUGUCAGCAGCGAGCUGGGCGGCGAGGCAAAGGACACCGAUUACACCCUCGAGGCCCUGGGCUACGUCCCCGAGCUGCGGCGGAAUCGCUCCCUGGCCACGCUGCUCUUCCAGUCUCUCGCAAUCGCUGCGAUCCCGUACGGCGAGGGCGGGCCCCUGAUCAGCUCCAUAUACGGCGGCGGGCCGCGAGCCAUCUUCAUCGGCUGGCUGGCCAUCCUCGUGCUGGACGAGUGCAUCGCGCUCUCGCUGAGCGAGCUGGCCUCGCGAUACCCAACGUCCGCCGGGCCGUACUACUGGUCCUUCCAGAUCGCCAAAAAGCACAAGGUGGUCCUCUCGUUUGUGACGGGCUGGGUGUGGCUGGUCGGCAACUGGACCAUCACGCUCUCCGUCAACUUUGGCUUCGCCUCGCUGAUCGCGGCGACCGUGUCGCUGUACCAUCCCGCCUGGGAGGCCACGAGCUGGCAGCUGCUGCUCAUCUUCUACGCCAUCUGCCUGCUCGCGUUUGUCAUCGUGGCCUUUGGCAACCGCUUCCUGCCCAAGGUCGACAUCGUCUGCGCCGCCUGGACGGCCAUCACCAUCCUCGUCAUCCUCAUCGCGCUCUCCGUCAAGGCCGGCGCCGGCCGGCACAGCAUCUCCUACGCCCUGGCCCACUAUGACACCUCCUUCUCCGGCUGGGGCGGCUUCACCUUCUUCAUCGGCCUCCUCCCCGCCGCCUACUGCUUCUCCGCCAUCGGCAUGAUCGCCUCCAUGGCCGAGGAGGUGCCCAACCCGGCCAUCACCGUCCCGCGCGCCAUCAGCCUGUGCGUCCCCGUCGGCGGCGUCGCCGGCCUGUUCUUCAUUCUCCCCAUCUGCUUCACCCUCCCGCCGCUCGAGGACAUCCUCGCCGCCCCCGGCGGCCAGGCGCUCCCCUACAUCUUCGGCGUCGUCAUGGACUCCCCCGGCGGCGCCCUGGGCCUCAUGGUCCUCGUCCUCGCCGUCGUCCUCUUCUGCUCCAUCAGCAUCACCACCGCCGCCUCCCGCACCACCUGGGCCUUUGCGCGCGACGACGCCAUCCCCCUCGCCGGCCUCUGGUCGCGCGUCAACAAGAAACUCGGCAAUCCCGUCUACGCCCUCGGCCUCGUCACUUUUGUCCAGAUGCUCCUGGGCCUCAUCAACAUCGGGAGCACCAGCGCCUUCACCGCCUUCGUGUCCGUCGGCGUCAUGGCCCUGGCCGUGAGCUAUGCCAUGCCCAUCGGCAUCAGCCUGUUCUACGGGCGCCGCGAGGUCAUGAAGGCGCGUUGGAACUGUGGGCCUGUCAUCGGACCGGCCGUCAAUGUCAUUGCGCUGCUGUGGAUUGCGUUCGAGGUCGUGCUGUUCAGCAUGCCGGCGGCGUUGCCCGUGACGGCGGCGUCGAUGACGUACGCGAGCGUGGUGUUUGUGGGAUUCCUGCUGAUAUCAGUGGUGUGGUAUUUUGUAUAUGCGAGGAAAUCUUUCAAGGGCCCACCGGAAUCCGACGGGAUCUGA